AUGUAUUCGAUUGACAAUCUCGAACGAGAUAUGAUGAACCGGCAGUAUAUGUAUGAAGCGCACAGCUUCCUGGGUAAUCCAGCAAUCCCGACAUUGCCGCCGCAUUGCGGGGUACCUACAACGGCGACGCUUCCGGCGGUGAUCCCGUCGCAGAUCCCGUCGUCCCAUCAUCCAUCCGGUAGCACCGGUAGCACCAGCGGUAGCGAGCACUAUCUCUACGACGAGAACAGCAGUGACAACGAGAGCGUUUACAGCAGCGAUCAGGAGAAUCACGCGAGAGAACGAAGUCGGAGUAACCGGCGCGGCGGACCAUCGGGAAAAUGUCCGAGACAAGUCCAGGUUCAGCAACGGCAGGCGGCGAACAUGAGAGAACGAAGACGAAUGCAGAACAUAAACGAUGCCUUCGAGGGCUUGAGGGCUCAUAUACCGACCUUGCCGUACGAGAAGAGACUGUCAAAGGUCGAUACGCUGAAGUUAGCAAUCGGUUACAUAAACUUCCUCAACGAGCUCGUUAGGGCGGACAAGGGUAACGACCCCUUGACGGGCAAUAGCGGUCUCUCGAGGUGUUCCAGUCGAGAUGAAUCUAAGAAGGUCAUAGUCCGUGGUAGCGGUGGGAAUCCAUUCAUCUCGCACUCGCUCUCGUGGUCAAGAAAAUCGGAUAUCUCGCCGAACGGCACGAUGUACGCGAAGGUUUGGACACCAGAAGAUCCGCGAACAUCGAAAAAUGGGACGACGUUCGAGUAGAUAGCGAAUUUGAUUUCGUUUUAUGAAUAAGCGGAGGAUCGGACACAUCGCACGGUUGUGAGAACAUUUCUCAUCUAGAAUGUUAUUUAGUGUCUAAGGGAAAUGUUUCUAGUCACUUGAUCCUCGUUAUUUGUACCUUAUGAUCAUCGAAAGUCUCCGAUUUUUUGGACGACAAAAUGGUCAUCAGUUUAUACAGCUCUCGCGAUUUCAUCAGAAAGGUACGGUAAAUUAACGAAUUAACCAUUGCAAAAUACACACGUUUGAGUUACAGAAAUUUUUUUAUUUAGAAAAUGGAAACAAUUUUAAAUGAAAAUUAGGUGAAUAAUAAUAAAUCAAGCAGAAAGAAGAAGAAUCUUAUUUUAAAAUAUAAGAAUUCUAUUUUGAAAAAUACAUUCUUUAAUUCUAUAAACUAUGCAAAAAAUGUACUUGUAAAUAGCAUAUAAAUAUUAUUGAACAUCAAGACUCGCUUCAAUUAAAAAUCUCUCUUUUAUUUGAAAAUGGAAUCGUGAUUCUUUUAUUACUUAUUUUUCCUUAAUUUUGUUAAUAUCUUAUUUUCUAAGUAAUAUUGCAGUCUGAAUAUUUUCAAUAGAAUUUUAAAAGAUAACCAUGAAAUAUCUUUGAAAGAAAAUAAUUUGUCCUUGAUUUAUU